AUGCCUUUAAAAAUCAAAUUCUCAAGGCGGCCAGACCCCCCCGAAGAACCAACACCUGUACCUGCACCUCCACCUCCACCUGCGCCUGCGCCUGUGACUGCGACUGCGACUGCGACUGCGCCUGCGCCUGCGCCAGUCUCCGAAACUCCCCAAGCUCCGCGCAAGAUCACACUCAAGAUCGCACGAAAAUCACAACCCGAGACUGAAGAGAAACCCAAGAAGAAGAAAUCAAAGAAGCGACCGGCUGACAGUGCCCUGCCCGACCUUGAGCCCGAGCCCGAACCCGCGACGAGCCAAGUCCCCAAGCGGAUAAAGCUGAUCCCAUCCAAGAAGCCUGCCUUACAAUCAAUCCGCAUCAAAAACAAGGGGGUCGUUGUCAACCGACCAGUGGGCGUAGGCUAUGACUCGGAAGCCUCGGAUACCGAAAAUGACCCUGCCAUCGAAGAACAAUUCAUCUUACGAAUGCUCCCAGGCGAAGACUGCGAACUUUUAAAGAAAAUAAUCAAUGAUAAAUCAUUCAAAGGGCAUCAGUUAGGGAUCAAGGCUCUCACACGUGAAGGCCGGCGUGCCAUUGUGAGCGUUCGGGACCAUCAAUAUGCAGCAGCUCUGGUGGAUCUACCCUGCAUCGUCGAGGGCAUGAAAAGUUGGGACCGACGAGGUUGGUACAAGUCGGCAGAUAUCUGCCAAAUGCUCUUGGUGCUGGGACGCGUCAACAGUGACCAGGAAGCUAUGGAAUAUCCACUUCCCCCGGACGUUGACUGCCCCGAUGAAAAGACACUUCAAUACCCACAUGGUCUCGCACCACCUCUCCGCUGGGUUCGCAAGCGACGAUUCCGCGACCGCGUCAGCACGCGCACAAUUGAACAAGUUGAAAAGGCCGUGGAAGAACUCAUGGCAAAGGACGAAACUUCGAUUUUCCCUCCCAAAUUUGAGUUGGUGGACAGCGCAUCUCUGAAUCGCGUCGAAGGCUUGGUGCAAUCCGGAGCCUACGAGGAUGAAUACGACGAUGAGCAGGACGCAUACGGCGAAGCGGAAGAGGAGAUGGAUGACUUCGAGGACGCCCUUGCUGCUGAGAUGGAAGCCGCAUUGGCUGCCGGCGACGAUGAGGCACCGGGGGCAGGACCAGAGCAGGCCGACACUCCAUCUAUGCAGCCUUUCACACCAGCUGGAGGCCCUACCGAACGCGGAGACACCUCUGCCGAUGAGAGCAACAUAUCCGACGAGGAUGAAGAAGAUGAGCUGGAUGACGAUCAGAUCGAGCAGCAACAACAGCUCCAACAACAGCGCGAGGAAGUUGCCGAGCUAGAAGCUCUUAUCCGCACUGAAACGGCACAGUGGGAGAAGGUGCAGAAUCACAUCCUGCGCAACAAGAUGGGCCGACGUAUCCAAGAACUGAAGAAGGACCUGCAACUGAAGAAAGUGUCUAUGGGCAUGCCCGCCGGGGACGAUAUCUAA